AUGGACAUGGAAAGACCUGUCUAUCUUCCACUCCUUCUUUUUCAAGUUGGGAUCGGGCUUGUUCAUGUAAUAUUCUUCAUUUGGUUCUGGUAUACGCACAUUUACAAGAAAAAUACAGAGAAGAAAGUCCUUGGCGAGUCUCUCGGAGCAGUACCGCCAAAAAAAUCGUCAAAACUAGGACAAAAAGAAGCCGAAAAAUCGCGAACGUCGAAAGAAGAUGUCCGAAUAAAAAUUGAUACAGACUCUGAAGAGCUUUCAGGGAUUCCGCCAGCGCCAUCAGCUGCUCAAAUUCGUCAGCGGAUUUUGAAGAAACAAGCGAAGAAAAUGCGGAGAGCGAUGCGAGAGGCAAGAAAAAGGGCGAAGUACGAAAAACUGAAAGAAGCUCAAGAUCAAUAUGGCACUUUCUCUGACACGUAA